GACGACCUCCACAGCUAUUGGAUAGAAGCGCAGGGAAUGGUGAAAAAACGAGAUCUAGACCGGAUAUAAGGACCAAAGACUGAUGAAAAGAUGGAUAUCCGGAAGGGAACUCAUCCAAAUAGCUUGGGAGUUGGUGGGCAUGGCAUCCUCGCAUGCGCUUCAGUUUGGUCUUCACACGACACCAAUAACUCUCCACAUGUUGAGUAUGGACGCCUGUCACCGGCUCUACGAA